AUGGGCGGCGCUGACACGCCUUUGGCAUAUGGAACUGGUCCUACUGGUCUGCGGAAAGAUGACAACAUAGAACCAGUACCAUAUAUGGACUGGGCACCAAAAUCUCACCUUGAUCUGCACGCGAAGCAUGGCGACUUCGUCCGCAUCGCGCCGAACGGAGUGAGCAUUACUCACCCCGCGGCUAUCAAAUCACUUAUCCUCACGCCUCAAUAUAAGGGCCAUUUCUACAACAUCAUGAAAUUCCCCGACUGGAGGACUCCCCUACCCCUGUCAAUUCUGGAUCCCAAGGCUAAAGCAGAGAUGAAUCGACGCCUGGCUUCAGCGUACCCCAUGAGCAAUGUAAUCAAGUCCGAGGAACAAAUUUCUCGUCUCGUCGAAAAGUUGACGGGGUGGAUGGACCAGCAUGCGUCGACUCACGAGCCCAUGGACCUAGCCAAGUUUUUGACCUUCACAGCCUUUGACGUCGUAGGCGAAGUCGUUUUCUCUAGGCCAUUCGGGUUCCUCGAACAGGGUGUUGAUAUAGGAGACUCCAUAUCGCAGACUAUGAAGUUCGAGGGCUAUAUCUCGGUCGCCGCCUUUGCCCAGUGGCUGCAUAACUCCCUUGUUGCGAACCCUUUCAUCACCUGGCUGGACAUCAUGCCCACGAACUACCUGUCGAAGACGUCUAACAAGGCGCUGGAGGAGCACAAGGCGAACCAAGAUGCUCGUUUCGACUACGUCGCGCACUGGCUCAAGACGCACGAGGAGCACCCUGAACGCCUGAGUUACCGGGACGUGCAAGCGGCCGUGAUGGCAAACGUAGGCGCCGGCUCAGACACUGUAUCCUGUGCCCUCCAGUCCUUCAUCUACCAUGCGAUCAGGCACCCCAACGCCUGGAGCCGCAUGCGACAGGAGAUCGACGAAGCCAGAAGCAAGGAGGGAGCGUGCACUGACCGUGUGGUCACCUACGCUGACGCCCAGAAGCUGCCGUACCUGCAAGCCUGCAUCAAAGAGGCGCUGCGCAUAUUCCACCCGGUGCCGAUGGGCACGGCGCGAGUCGUCCCGAAGCAGGGCAUCGUCAUCGGCGGGCGCGCGCUCCCUGCCGGCACGACCGUGUCAUUGAACACGUUCAGCAUGAACCUGUCGACCGACGUGUGGGGGGCGGAUGCCAAAGAGUUCAAGCCCGAGAGGUGGUUGAAAGAGGACAGUGCUCAGCUGGAGAAGCCGUUCAUACCGUUCUCCGGAGGCAUUGGCGCGUGUGUCGGCCAGCAUUUGGCCAGAAUCGAGCUGUCCAAAAUCCUGGCGACCAUUGUCCGUGACUUUAAUAUUCGCCAGGUCGAUCCGAAGCAAAAGUGGAGUUAUCAUGCGUAUUUCACCACGGUGCCUGGCGGUUGGCCGGUAUACGUAGAGAAGCGGGAGGCCGCGUAA